UCUCCCCGAUCCAAAUAGGUACGAUUAAUCCUUUUCCCCCCUCAUCAACCAAUUUGUGUUUAUUUUAGGUUGGAUUCAAAAGCUCUCUCCGUGGUCGCCGAACUCCGUGAACAGCGAAGAAACCCUAAUCUUGGACUCCGAUUCCCCUUCGAUCGGAAUUAGAGUAGAGGGGCCGAUUCUACUAACGGCGAAAUGGGUACUAAACGGAAAGAAAGAACUGAUGAGACUCCUGAUCCGAUUUCGCUUUCGUACCCCGAUCCGGAAUUCUUCGACUUUGACGAAUGCAGGGAUCGGAGUUUAUUCGAAGUCGACCAGAUUUGGGCGCUAUAUGAUGAUCUCGACGGAAUGCCUAGGUUUUAUGCUCGAAUUAGGCACAUCUAUGAAAAUCAAGAUUUCAAGGUGGGCUUCACUUGGUUAGAGCACGAUCCUUCAAAUGCAGCUGAGAUGGCGUGGUCUCGUCAGCAAUUGCCUGUUGCUUGCGGGAGCUUCAGGCGAGGGAAAGCAGAAGUAAGUCAAGACCCUCUCAUGUUCUCCCACAUUAUUUCUUGGGAAAAAGGUAAAAAGAAGAACGGUUAUGAUAUUUAUCCGAAAGAGGGUGAAGUUUGGGCUGUUUACAAGGGCUGGGAUAUCGCGUGGAGCUCAGAUCCGGACGACGACAGGACAUUCGAGUAUGAAAUUGUUGAAGUCCUUUCGGAUUUUGUGGCGGGAAGCGGUAUCAAUGUCAUUCCUCUAGUUAAGGUAGAAGGUUUCGUGAGUCUGUUUGUGCGCGCAAAAGACAAAGCACCGUAUCGUAUACUAUCCAGUGAAAUACUUAGGUUUUCACACAGAGUCCCCUUUCACAGGAUGACCGGAGCUGAACGUGACGGUGUCCCACAAGGUUCUUUUGAACUAGAUACUGCAUCUCUUCCUAUUAACAUGGAAGAUGCUUUUCCAUCUGUUCCUCUUGAAUGCGGUACGACCAAAACCGGAAUAUCUCCUAAAAGUUCAACUAAUGAUGCAGGAGUUGGGCCUGCUGCCGUUAAGGAGAUUGAGAGGGUGAGGAGGAAGGAAUUUGACCAUUCUCAAUUAGCAACCACGUUCCAUUGCUCGGAUGAAUAUCCUGCCCCUGAGUUCUGCAACGUUGAUGACGGGAAAUUGAUCAAUAGGAUCCAGCCGGGGCAGAUUUGGGCGCUAUACAGUGAAAUUGAUAAGUUCCCUAAGUACUUUGGAUGGAUACAUAAAGUUAAUUCGGUCGAUCGCUUAGUUGAAUUAAAAUGGCUUGAGGUUCGUCCUCGGCGAGAGGAGGAAAAACGAUGGAACCGCAAGGGCCUGCCAAUUGGAUGUGGAACAUUUGAAGUAAUCGAUGAGUGUGAAACUUUUGACAGUACAGAUGCCUUUUCUCAUUUAGUGAAUGCUAGACUGCGUGGUAGAAAACACCAAUAUGAAAUCCUUCCUUCCGUCGGUGAGAUUUGGGCCAUGUACAAGAAUUGGAGGCCCUGUUGGAACCUUUUCGACUUUGAAAACUGUGAGUUUGAUGUGGUCGAGAUUUGCGAGCGCAGUGGUGCUGGAACAAAGGUCUCUUUACUGACCAAGGUGGAUGGGAAUAGAGCCGUAUUUAUGCCUGACAAAAAGGAAAAAGUAGUGACGAUACUGGAGGACGAGUAUUUAAGAUUCUCUCAUCAAAUUCCAGCGUUCCAGCUGACAGAUCAGAAAGGUGGCGUGCUUCGAGGCUAUUGGGAGCUUGAUCUUGCAUCUCUACCGGAGGCCUUGUUCAACAAUUCUUGUUGAAAGUUAGGGAAUCUUUCGAGCCAGUACAACGUAAAUGGCCGACAAGACUGCGUCUUAUUCUUGCUUCAGAAUUAUCAGAUCAUGAUGCAGCUCUGUUAGUCAACGAGUUUGCAAGUUAGGGGUCGAUGUCUUCUACCAAUGAGGCUAAGUUAUUAAAUUGAUCAAAAUUCCUGCAGAGAUAUCCACUGUAGUAUUAGCUGUAGUACUUAUUCGUAUGUUAUUCAUUUUCCUUUGCAAUUUCUUGUCUCAAUCACCUGACAUAUUUCAGUAGGAAGUUGAACUAAAUGGAACUUGAGAAAUGCAGAUCACUUCAGAACAAGGUACAUAGAUUUGCUUCACCACAUAUCUAAUCCUCUAAACUUUCACUUCAUUAAAUUUCAACGUUUGGGCUAAACCUGGCACUCCAUGCUCUUCUACUUUUGGGUUUGUUUGAUGUAUGAGUAUCGCUUUUAA